AUGGUGAAAAGGAAAAGCUCCGAGGGCCAGGAGCAGGAGAGUGGCCGUGGCAUCCCUCUGCCCAUCCAGACCUUCCUAUGGAGGCAAACCAGUGCAUUUUUAAGACCUAAACUGGGGAAACAAUAUGAAGCUUCCUGUGUGUCUUUUGAAAGAGUUUUAGUAGAAAACAAGCUUCAUGGCCUUUCUCCAGCUCUCUCUGAAGCCAUCCAGAGCAUUUCUCGCUGGGAACUUGUCCAAGCUGCGCUCCCUCAUGUGCUGCACUGCACUGCAACAUUGCUCUCCAACAGGAAUAAGCUAGGACAUCAGGAUAAGCUUGGAGUAGCUGAAACAAAGCUCCUUCACACCCUUCACUGGAUGCUGCUGGAGGCUCCUCAGGACUGCAGCAAUGACAGACUUGGAGGAGACAGAGGUUCUAGCUGGGGAGGGAGCAGUAGUGCCUUUAUCCACCAGGCUGAAAACCAAGGAUCACCAGGACAUCCCCGGCCCAGUGCCAUGGCUGAGGAGGAGGAGAAUAACAGAAGGAAGUUCUUCCAGAAUUCCAUGGCCACAGUAGAGCUAUUUGUGUUCCUCUUCGCUCCCCUCGUCCACAGGAUUAGGGAGUCUGACCUGACAUUCCGGUUGGCUAGUGGCCUUGUUAUUUGGCAGCCAAUGUGGGAACACAGGCAACCUGAAGUUUCUGCCUUCAAUGCUCUUGUAAAGCCCAUCAGGAACAUCAUUACAGCCAAGAGAAGUUCUCCCACCAAUAAUCAGAGCAUGACUUGUGAAUCCCCUAAUCUGGACAGCGGACGCACUGAGGGACUGCAGGUGGUCUGUGAGACAGCACAGCCAGAUCCUGUACCUCCAAAGGCUUCUGUUUCAGCGUGUCAUCCUGGAAACUCCUUGGAUGGAAGCGUGUCCUCCCAAACCUCCCAGGAGAGAAGUACUGCACAUCCCAGGGUGUCCUUGGUGAUUCCACCGUGCCAGAAGUCUCGCUACGCCACGUACUUCGAUGUGGCCGUGCUGCGCUGCUUGCUGCAGCCCCACUGGUCUGAGGAAGGAACACAGUGGUCCCUGAUGUACUACCUGCAGAGGCUGAGGCACAUGCUGCAGGAAAAACCAGAGAAGCCACCCGAGCCUGAGGUUACCCCUUUGCCAAGGCCUCGCAGCAGCUCCAUGGUGGCUGCUGCUCCCUCUCUGGUGAACACCCACAAAACCCAGGAUCUUACAAUAAAAUGUAAUGAGGAAGAAAAAUCACUAAGCACAGAGGCAUUUUCCAAGGUUUCACUGACCAACUUGCGUAGACCAGCAGUUCCAGAUCUCUCCACAGACCUGGGCAUGAACAUCUUCAAAAAGUUUAAGAGCCGCAAAGAGGACCGGGAGCGUGAGCGCAAAGGGUCAAUCCCGUUCCACCACACCGGGAAGAAGCGGCAGCGACGGAUGGGGGUUCCCUUCCUCCUCCACGAGGAUCACUUGGAUGUCUCCCCCACUCGCAGCACUUUCUCCUUCGGCAGCUUCUCUGGAAUUGGGGAGGACCGGCGUGGCAUGGAGAGAGGAGGAUGGCAAACCACCAUAUUAGGAAAGUUCACCCGGAGAGGGAGCUCUGACACAGCGACGGAGAUGGAGGGACUGAGCGCCAGGCACUCGCACUCCCAUCACACGCUGGUCUCUGAGCUGCCAGACCCCUCAAACAGCCACGGAGACAACACAGUCAAAGAAGUGCGGUCCCAGAUCUCCACCAUCACUGUGGCAACCUUCAACACUACCCUGGCCUCGUUCAACGUGGGAUACGCUGAUUUCUUCAGCGAGCACAUGAGGAAGCUCUGCAACCAGGUGCCCAUCCCUGAGAUGCCCCACGAGCCACUUGCAUGUGCCAACCUCCCCCGCAGCCUGACGGACUCCUGCAUCAAUUACAGCUGCUUGGAGGACACGGAUCACAUUGAUGGAACCAACAGCUUUGUCCACAAGAAUGGCAUGCUGGAUCUCUCGGUGGUCCUGAAAGCUGUUUACUUGGUUCUGAACCACGACAUCAGUUCCCGGAUUUGUGAUGUGGCACUGAACAUCGUGGAGUGCUUACUGCAGCUUGGUGUGGUGCCCUGUGUGGAGAAAGUUCGGAGGAAGAGCGACAACAAAGAAAACGAGGCCCCUGAGAAGAGACCAAGUGAAGGAUCCUUCCAUCUUAAAGGGGCUGCUUCUGGUUCAGCUUGUGGCUUUGGGCCACCUCCAAUUAGUGGAGCUGGAGAUGGAGAAGAAGAAGGAGGUGGUGGAGGAGGUGGGGGUGGCGGAGGUGAUGGAGGUGGUGGAGGAGGAGGAGGGCCAUAUGAGAAGAAUGACAAAAAACAAGAAAAGGAUGAAGGCCCAUCUGUCAGCACCCAUAGGCUGGCACUCACAAUGCUGAUCAAAAUUGUCAAGUCCUUGGGUUGUGCCUAUGGUUGUGGAGAAGGACACCGAGGGCUCUCUGGAGAUCGCCUGAGACUCCAGGUAUUCCGGGAGAAUGCCCAGAACUGCCUCACAAAACUGUACAAACUGGAUAAGAUGCAAUUCCGGCAGACGGUGAGAGAUUAUGUGAACAAGGAUUCUCUCAAUAAUGUGGUGGAUUUCCUGCAUGCUUUACUAGGAUUCUGCAUGGAGCCAGUCACUGAUAAUAAAGCUGGAUUUGGGAAUAACUUCAGCACAGUGGACAACAAGUCUACAGCCCAAAGUGUAGAAGGUAUUAUUGUGAGUGCCAUGUUCAAGUCAUUGAUCACUCGCUGUGCAUCCACUACACAUGAGCUCCACAGCCCAGAAAACCUGGGCUUGUACUGUGAUAUCCGACAGCUGGUCCAGUUUAUCAAGGAGGCUCAUGGGAAUGUAUUUCGGAGAGUGGCACUCAGUGCCCUCCUGGACAGUGCUGAAAAGUUAAUACCAGGAAAAAAGACAGAGGAAGCAGAGCAAGACCCAAAACCUUCUGGCAGCAAAAGAUCUGAGGCAGGAAGUGUCAUCAUUGACAAAGGCCAGGCCUCAGCUGCCCCUGAUGAAUGCCGGAGUUACGUCUCCAGCCGCCCAAUGCAAACUCCAGAGCACGAUGAGCAAAUCCAAGGGGCCAAUCUGGGACGCAAGGACUUCUGGAGGAAGAUGUUUAAGUCACAGAGUGCAGCGAGUGAUACCAGUAGCCAGUCUGAGCAGGACACAUCCGAGUGCACCACGGCUCACUCCGGAACCACCACAGACAGGCGCUCCCGCUCUCGCUCCCGACGGAUUUCCCUUCGAAAGAAACUCAAACUUCCCAUAGGGAAUUGGCUGAAGCGCUCCUCCCUCUCUGGGCUGGCUGAUGGAGUGGAAGAUCUCCUAGAUAUCAGCUCUGUGGACCGUCUCUCCUUCAUCAGGCAGAGCUCCAAGGUGAAGUUCACCAGCGCAGUGAAGCUGUCUGAAGGAGGGGGGCCGGGAGGAGGCCUGGACAACGGGCGGGAUGAAGAGGAGAAUUUCUUCAAGCGUCUUGGUUGCCAUAGCUUUGACGAUCACUUGACCUCCAAACAAGAAGGAGGAAAAUCCAAGAAUGUUGUGAACCUGGGAGCCAUCCGCCAAGGCAUGAAGCGCUUUCAGUUUCUGCUCAACUGCUGUGAGCCAGGCACCAUCCCUGAUGCCUCCAUUUUGGCAGCAGCUCUAGAUCUUGAAGCUCCUGUGGUGGCACGAGCAGCCCUGUUCCUGGAGUGCGCGCGCUUCGUCCAUCGCUGCAACCGCGGCAACUGGCCCGAGUGGAUGAAGGGCCACCAUGUGAACAUCACUAAGAAGGGCCUGUCCCGUGGCCGUUCCCCUAUUGUGGGCAACAAAAGGAACCAGAAGCUGCAGUGGAACGCAGCUAAGCUCUUCUACCAGUGGGGAGAUGCGAUUGGUGUCCGCCUCAAUGAGCUGUGCCAUGCUGAGAGCGAGAGUCCUGCCAACCUGCUUGGCCUCAUUUAUGAUGAGGAGACCAAGAGGCGCCUGAGAAAGGAGGAUGAGGAAGAAGACUUUUUAGAUGACAGCACUGUGAAUCCUACCAAAUGUUGUUGUCCUUUUGCACUAAAAAUGGCUGCGUGUCAGCUCCUGCUGGAGAUAACCACAUUCCUUCGAGAGACCUUUCCCUACAUGCCCAGACCACGGACAGAACCUCUUGUGGACCUGGAGUGCUGCAGGCUGCGUCUGGAUCCUGAGAUGGACAGACACAGGUAUGAGAGAAAGAUCAGCUUUGCUGGGGUUCUGGAUGAAAAUGAAGAUUCAAAGGAUUCCCUACACAGCAGCAGCCACACACUCAAAUCUGAGGCUGGCUUCGAGGAGAAAAAAGUUCCCAGCAGGAAGAUCAGGAUAGGAGGCUCCCGCUUGCUCCAGAUUAAAGGAACCCGCAGUUUCCGGGUGAAGAAGGGGGGUUCCCUUUCCAGCAUUCGCCGGGCCGGCAGCCUAAAGAGCACCAAGUUAUCACGGCAGGACUCAGAGUCUGAGAAUGAGGAGCUGCAGCUGUCCCACAGCAGGGACACUGUCACUGAUAUAGAAGGGAGCCCUUGGAGUGCAAGCGAGCCCAGCAUUGAACACGAGGUACUGAGCAACACGGGCAUGGAGGAGAACUAUCAUCGGAACAUGUCGUGGCUGCACGUUAUGAUCCUGUUAUGCAACCAGCAGAGUUUCAUAUGCACACACAUUGACUACUGUCACCCACACUGCUACCUCCACCACAGCCGGUCCUGUGCUCGCCUUGUCCGGGCCAUCAAGCUGCUGUAUGGAGAUACAGUGGACUCCCUGCGAGGAAACAGCACUUUGAACAACGUGGCAAGAGGCAAAAAACAAAAGGAAUGCUCAGACAAGUCAUGCCUGAGAACUCCUUCUCUUAAAAAGAGAGUGAUUGAUAUCAACUUGGAAGGGAAGAAGGACUCUGGAAUGCUAAAGUACAUCAGGAAUCAGGUCAUGAGCCUCUCCCCUGCCCCUUUGUCACUGCUGAUCAAGGCAGCUCCUAUCCUCACCGAGGAGAUGUACGGGGACAUCCAGCCAGCAGCAUGGGAGCUCCUGCUCAGUGUGGAUGAGCACAUGGCUGGAGCUGCAGCUGCCAUGUUCCUGCUGUGUGCUGUGAAAGUGCCAGAGGCCGUUUCUGACAUGCUGAUGUCCGAAUUUCAUCACCCAGAAACAGUGCAGAGACUGAAUGCCAUUCUUAAAUUUCACACACUCUGGAGGUUCAGAUAUCAAGUGUGGCCAAGGAUGGAAGAGGGAGCACAGCAGAUCUUCAAGAUUCCCCCUCCAAGUAUAAACUUCACUCUGCCUUCUCCCGUGCUGGGGAUGCCAUCUGUGCCAAUGUUUGACCCUCCCUGGGUGCCUCAGUGCAGUGGGAGUGUGCAGGAUCCUAUAAAUGAAGAUCAGUCGAAGUCAUUUUCUGCCCGAGCUGUGUCACGGUCCCAUCAGAGAGCUGAGCAUAUCCUGAAGAACCUGCAGCAGGAGGAAGAGAAGAAACGCCUGGGCCGGGAAGCCAGUCUUAUCACUGCCAUCCCCAUCACCCAGGAGGCCUGCUACGAGCCAUCCUGUACACCAAGCUCUGAGCAGGAGGAAGAAGUAGAAGAAGUUGCCAACCUGGCCUCCCGCCGUCUCUCUGUGAGUCCGUCCUGCACCUCCAGUACUUCUCACAGGAAUUAUUCUUUCCGCCGUGGCUCUGUGUGGUCAGUGCGCUCAGCAGUCAGUGCAGAAGAUGAAGAACACACCACCGAGCACACUCCAAACCAUCACGUGCCUCAGCCACCUCAGGCUGUGUUUCCAGCGUGCAUCUGUGCAGCAGUGCUCCCCAUUGUCCAUUUGAUGGAAGACGGAGAAGUCCGGGAGGAUGGAGUAGCUGUAAGUGCUGUUGCUCAGCAGGUCCUGUGGAACUGCUUAAUUGAAGACCCCUCUACAGUUUUGCGCCACUUCCUUGAGAAGCUCACGAUCAGCAAUCGACAGGACGAGCUGAUGUAUAUGCUAAGGAAGCUUUUGUUGAACAUUGGAGACUUUCCUGCCCAGACAUCUCAUAUCCUCUUUAACUACUUGGUAGGAUUGAUCAUGUAUUUUGUACGGACUCCGUGUGAAUGGGGCAUGGAUGCAAUUUCUGCCACUCUUACCUUCCUUUGGGAAGUGGUGGGUUAUGUUGAAGGACUCUUCUUCAAGGAUCUCAAACAGACCAUGAAGAAAGAACAGUGUGAAGUGAAGCUGCUAGUGACUGCCUCAAUGCCAGGCACAAAAACCCUUGUUGUGCAUGGACAGAAUGAGUGUGACAUCCCAACGCAGUUACCAGUCCACGAGGACACACAGUUUGAGGCUCUUCUGAAGGAAUGUUUGGAGUUUUUUAACAUACCUGAAACUCAGUCUUCUCAUUAUUUCUUAAUGGAUAAGCGUUGGAAUCUCAUUCAUUACAACAAGACCUACGUCCGUGAUAUUUAUCCUUUCCGGAGGUCAGUUUCUCCCCAGCUCAACCUGGUGCAGAUGCACCCAGAAAAGGGUCAAGAGCUCAUUCAGAAGCAGGUGUUCACCCGCAAGCUGGAGGAGGUGGGGCGGGUGCUGUUCCUGAUCUCACUGACACAGAAGAUCCCUCCAGCCCACAAGCAGUCUCAUGUGUCCAUGCUCCAGGAGGACCUGCUCCGCCUGCCUUCGUUUCCCCGAAGUGCCAUUGAUGCUGAGUUCUCACUCUUCAGCGAUCCCCAAGCUGGGAAAGAGCUCUUUGGCCUGGAUACCCUUCAGAAAAGCUUGUGGAUUAAGCUGCUGGAAGAGAUGUUCCUCGGCAUGCCCAGCGAGUUCCCGUGGGGGGACGAGAUCAUGCUGUUCCUGAACGUGUUCAACGGCGCUCUGAUCCUGCACCCCGAGGACAGUGCCCUGCUGCGGCAGUACGCUGCCACCGUCAUCAACACGGCCGUGCACUUCAACCACCUCUUCUCCCUCAGCGGCUACCAGUGGGUGCUGCCCAGCAUGCUGCAGGUGUACUCUGACUACGAAAGCAACCCCCAGCUGCGCCAGGCCAUCGAGUUCGCGUGCCGCCAGUUCUACGUCCUGCACCGCAAGCCCUUUAUCCUGCAGCUGUUUGCCAGCGUGGCCCCUCUCCUGGAGUUCCCUGAUGCUACAAACAACGGGACCAGCAAAGGAGUGUCAGCUCAGUGCCUGUUUGACCUGCUGCAGUCUUUGGAGGGAGAUACUCCAGACAUUUUGGACAUCUUAGAGCUGGUGAAAGCAGAAAAGCCUCUCAAGUCAUUAGACUUCUGCUAUGGGAAUGAAGACUUGACCUUUUCCAUCAGUGAAGCCAUCAAGCUGUGUGUGACAGUGGUGGCUUAUGCUCCUGAGUCAUUCAGAAGCCUCCAGAUGCUGAUGGUCCUGGAAGCCCUGGUUCCCUGUUACCUGCAGAAAUUGAAGCGACAAACCUCUCAAGUGGACACUGGGACAGCAGCUCGUGAGGAGAUUGCUUCUAUGGGUGCCCUUGCCACCUCUUUGCAGGCUCUCCUGUACAGUGUAGAAGUUCUCACCAGGCCUAUGACAGCCCCACAGAUGAGCCGAUGUGACCAAGGUCAUAAAGGGACCACAACAGCAAACCACACCAUGUCAGCAGGUGUGAACACCAGGUACCCAGAACAGGGAGCCAAACUGCACUUUAUCAGGGAGAAUCUUCAUUUAAUGGAGGAGGGCCAGGGUCUUCCUCGAGAGGAGCUGGAUGAACGAAUUGCCAGAGAGGAGUUCAGGAGGCCACGGGAGUCGCUGCUGAAUAUCUGCACAGAGUUUUACAAGCACUGUGGUCCGAGGCUGAAGAUCCUGCAGAAUCUGGCUGGUGAGCCCCGAGUGACUUCUCUGGAGCUGCUGGAUGUGAAGUCCCACAUGAGACUGGCAGAAAUCGCACACUCCCUGCUGAAGCUGGCCCCCUACGACACGCAGACGAUGGAGAGCCGCGGGCUCCGGCGCUACAUCAUGGAGAUGCUGCCCAUCACUGACUGGACAGCUGAGGCGGUGAGACCUGCCCUGAUCCUCAUCUUAAAGAGAUUGGAUCGUAUGUUCAAUAAAAUUCACAAGAUGCCUACUCUGAGGCGCCAGGUUGAGUGGGAGCCUGCCAGCAGUUUGAUUGAAGGGGUUUGUUUGACACUUCAGAGGCAGCCUAUCAUAUCCUUCCUGCCUCACCUUAGGUCUCUGAUCAAUGUCUGUGUCAAUCUGGUGAUGGGAGUGGUAGGACCCUCCAGUGUGGCUGACGGAUUACCCCUUCUUCAUCUCAGCCCUUAUCUCUCGCCACCUCUGCCCUUCAGCACAGCUGUUGUCCGGCUUGUAGCAUUGCAGAUACAGGCUUUGAAAGAAGAUUUUCCCCUAAGCCAUGUCGUCUCCCCAUUCACCAAUCAGGAAAGAAGGGAAGGAAUGCUUUUAAACCUACUGAUUCCAUUUGUGCUCACAGUAGGAUCUGGAAGCAAAGACAGCCCCUGGCUGGAGCAGCCUGAGGUCCUGCUGCUGCUCCAGACUGUUAUCAAUAUCCUCCUGCCACCUCGCAUCAUCAGCACUUCCCGCAGCAAGAACUUUAUGCUGGAGAGCUCCCCCGCCCACUGCUCCACGCCAGGGGAUGCGGGGAAGGACCUGCGGCGGGAAGGGCUGGCAGAAUCCACCAGCCAGGCUGCCUACCUGGCCCUGAAGGUGAUCCUUGUUUGCUUUGAACGCCAGCUGGACAGCCAGUGGUACUGGCUGAGCCUGCAAGUCAAAGAGAUGGCCCUGCGGAAGGUGGGAGGGCUGGCCCUGUGGGAUUUCCUCGACUUUAUCGUACGAACACGGAUCCCUAUCUUUGUGCUCCUUCGGCCCUUCAUCCAGUGCAAGCUGCUGGCCCAGCCAGCUGAGAACCAUGAGGAGCUGACUGCCCGACAGCACAUCUCCGAUCAGCUGGAGAGACGCUUCAUCCCACGCCCACUCUGCAAGAGCUCCCUCAUCACCGAGUUCAACAACGAGCUGAAGAUCCUGAAGGAGGCCGUGCACAGCGGGUCUGCUUACCAAGGGAAGACAUCUGUCAGCACUGUGGGCACCUCCACGUCUGCUUACCGCCUGAGCCUGGCCACCAUGUCUCGCUCCAACACCGGCACUGGCACGGUCUGGGAGCAGGACAGCGAGCCUUCCCAGCAGGCCUCGCAGGACACGCUGAGCCGCACUGAUGAGGAGGAUGAAGAAAAUGACUCCUUGAGCAUGCCCAGUGUGGUAAGUGAACAAGAAACAUACCUUAUGGGUGCCAUUGGGAGGAGGCGCUUCUCCAGCCAUCUCUCCAGCAUGUCUGCACCUCAGGCUGAGGUGGGCAUGUUACCCAGCCAAAGUGAACCUAAUGUCCUCGAUGACUCCCCGAGCCUGGCCACUGAGGGCAGCCUUUCUAGGGUGGCAAGUGUGCAGAGCGAGCCAGGACAGCAGAACCUCCUUCUGCAGCAGCCCCUGGGGCGGAAGAGAGGGCUACGUCAGCUUCGACGACCGCUGCUGUCACGUCAGAAAACUCAAACCGAACCUCGGAGCCGUCACGGAGCUCGACUUUCAACCACGCGGCGCAGCAUCCAGCCAAAGCCAAAACCCUGCGCGGAGCAGAAGCGGUCGGUGACGUUCACCGAAGCCCAGCCCGAGGCCCCCGCAGCCUGUGCCGUGGACACAGCGGCACAGCAGCUGGGCUGCAGCCACAGCAGCCCCCAGGCCAGCAGCCAGCAGGAGCCUCCCAGCAAACCUGUGCUGACCUCCUCACCUGCCAUCGUCGUAGCUGAUCUUCACAGCCAGGUAACCUCUCCUCAAUUGCAGAGCGAGGCACUCUCUGCUGAGGAGGAGAAGGAAAAAGAGGAGGGCUUGGAGUCCCGGCCAACAACAGCACAGGGCACUCCACCCACCCAGCUCUCUGACACCGAGGACUACGCUGGCCUGGAGACCACCAGCUUGCUGCAGCAUGGGGACACUGUCCUGCACAUCAGUGAGGACAACGGGAUGGAGAACCCUUUGCUGGCUACUCACUUCAGCUUCACGCACGUGGAGCUUGGGGAGACGGAUGUUGAUCUGGAUGAAUCUCAUGUUUAACUCUUGGGGAAGCACAGCAGGGGGAGGAGGAAGGAAAUGUGUACCUUUCCUUAGAGUUCCCUGCUAAAGAGUAACUAAUUAAGACAAGAGCACUUUAUUAUCCAACAGCAGGAAAUAGCUAUCAGCUGGUUGCUAUAGACUGGCAAAUUUCUAUUUGUGAGAUCUCUUUUCAGUUCAGGGCAGGACCACAGGAACCAAGAAUUUGUACAGAAUUCUCAGGAUAGGGGUGUGUAGAGCCCUUGUGGUGGUCCACAGAGCCCUAAUCUGGCAGCCAUGCACUGUGAUCAGCAGCCUCACUGGGUAAUGGGCUGUUGGACUGUAGACUGUGCCCAAGAUCUAUUUUUGUAGUGUUUUCGGGAGGAGGGCUAUACAGCAGCUGAAGCCAAGGCUGUUGCACCUUGGAAACAGUGAAAAGACUGACAGAAAGUACCAAUCUAAAGCUUGAUUUUCUCAAGCCUGGGGCCAUUGUUUCUAACAUGCAGAGCAAUGAUAAGCACCGUAAAGCAAUUGGAUUUUUAUUUAUUUUUUUUUUUUUGGCACUGCAGGCUUUAGCUGAGUUUACUUUUGUCUGUUAGUUCCAUUCCACUCUGUAAAAUAUUGCCCUUGUGCUACAAAAAUACUCGCUCUGUAGAACUGAAUACAGUAUAUACCAUCAGUAGGAAUGCUGUGCACAGACACAGAGCAGGGGCAGGGGCUGAGUGGUCUGCAGGUGGGAUAAACAGCCCACCCUGUCCUGCUUUAAUGUACUGAGCUAUUCAUCUCCACAGUUUAAAAUAAAACUCCAAGAAACUGCAUCUCGAAUGCAUGGACCUUGUGGUCCCAAGCAACUGCUCCCCUGAUGCUGUUGGAUGUACGUAGAGGGAUUUAAAGUAAAUAUUUAUAAAUGGUAUUUUCAUGUUACUCUAUAUAUAAAUAUAUAUGUACAUUGUAAACAAAAGAUGGAUAUUGCAGGGCAGAAACUCGAUGAAAUAAUCUAUUUUUGGCAUGCUGAGAUUGUAUUUUGAAAGGUUCCAUUUUAUGUAUGUAAUGCUCACAGCUGCAAGUAUUAGGUAAAUAUAUGUAACAUUUAUAGAAGGUGGAGAUCCCUGGGGGGAUCAGCUGAAGUCACAGCUGAGUUAAGGGGUUUUGCUGCAGCAUCAUGGAAUUACACUGAAAUGUGAAUUUAGCCAUUAGCUGCUGACAGGCAAACUGCAAAAUAGCUGUGAAACAAACCACGAAAUCAUCAGCAAUGCCCAAAGAUACCCUUGGGAAUCAUUCACUGCCUUUUUUGGCUCAUGGUAGACUAACUGGAGUUUAUAAUCAUGUCAUUAUUGUGCAGAGGAAAAUGUUUUGGAUCAUCCUGAGAGUAUCUAAAAUGUGCUAAUUACCACUUUGGCUCCUGAGGGCUUGCAAUUUGGACACACACAUCAUAAACCAGCCUUACUAAGGAGGGAAAUUAUAUCCUUCUAGCCAUUUCCAAAGAAAGGACGUGCAGCUCUCCUCAGCGGCUCUCAAACAGCUGCUGAAGCACUGCCCUACAGACGGCAGCCUUGCUGCUGUAGUGCAGCACACAGGUUUUGCUGGGGCUGAGACAAAAACCACACACCCACAGCAGGUUCCAGCCUGUGGAGCCCUCAGAGCCUCAGGCUGUGCUGCCUGCCAUUUGCCAAAUGCUCACAUUUGACAGGAGCUGUGCACACCGGUCUGGGCAGGGAACUCACUCACAUUAAACCUCUCAAGAGAGCAAAAGCCAUUUUUCUCCCAGGUGCUGAGCAUGCUCUGCUACCACUGUUGGUGAGAGAAGGAGAAUCUCAGCAUGUCUUGGGAACAGCAGGGCUGAAAAAGCGACUAUUUUAUAGUGCACCACCUAUAUCCCCCACAUAUAUGGGGCUAUGUAAUGUACAGGUGGUGAUCUAAUGCAGCUCCAAAGGGUGCCUGCUCUUUUAAGAGAGGUGACAGUGUCCCGACAGGUGUCCUGGAUAACGAACUGUGUCCUCUGCUGAUCAAAAUGUGCUGUACUGCUUCUUAUUUCCUUAUUUCCACCGCAGCCAGUGCCAGAUACCUGUAGGAUGCUGCUUUAGAUUAGCUCCUAGCUCAGAGGUCACUCCAAGAAUUGCUAAAUUCCAGAUGUUAGGUUUUAUUAUUAACACUGACGCAAAAAUGAGGAAAACCCCCAUAGCUUCACUUUCAAGUCCCAAAGUAGGCUUGGUCACUGGCAGCCUGAGAGGGAGGAAAGCUUCAGACACGAGCCGGGUAAAUGGCUGGGACACAACACAUCGAGAAUUCACGGAGCACUUUAUAGAGUGACCUUUUCUGCAGAAAAUGAGGAAGCAUCUUCCUUAAUGAAAAGUAGAGCCCACCCCCGCCCCAGUACUCUACUCUAGAGAUGACAAAAUAACUGUGAUUUACUUCAUUUAAUUCAGUGUAUGUAACUUUCAAGUUUCCACUGUCACAGGUGAAUCCACAGUAGUAAGCCAUAGCAAGGACUAAAAUGCCUCUUUUUAAUGUCUACCCUACUAGAAAUCAAUGCAACUUAUAAAUGACAUCAUCUAUAAUUUAGUUUUAUCCAGGUGGCUGGGCAGCUGGCUUUGGUUUCGUGGGAUGAUUGCUGAGAGGUGGCACAGACAGGCCAGCCCGUCAGCCUGACUUCCCACGUGUUUUACUGUCAUAUCAUAUCAUGUUGCAUUUAAUGCCGUCCUGAUGAGUGGCAAACAAAGUACUUUAGCUGGUUUGUGCUUUCCUCCGGUAUCUCUGUACCAGAACUGGUGUUAUUUCUGCUGUGAAGACAUACGAUGCUGCUUUACAUAGUGUUAGACGCCUUAAGCGCAUGUCGUGUUCAGCGAUGUCCGGCUGUGCCUGUCUUGUCCACGUGUCAGUCGGUCCCGUUGCCUCAGCAUUUUAUGCAAACGUUGUCCCGAGGAUUAAAUACAAAGGAACGACGGCAAAGUACAGAGUUCUGUGUUUGAGCCUCUUGCGUAACACGGUCGUUCUCUCGCGCUCCCAAGGGUUUCCAUCCGCGGCUUUCUUCCGGGCUUCCGACAGCGCUUGUUAAUGUUUACCCGUCUGCUCCCGGGCCGCGGCAACGGGCUGUGCCACUGGGAGGGACGAAAUAAACCUUCCUUAAAAAAG